UCCUGCAAGAGGGCCUGUGAACCAGGGAGCUCCCAGCUAUUUUGCUCCUCUUUCUACCAGCAGCCCACCAUAAAAGCCAAAACAGAAAGACAAAGAACAAAUGUUACAAGGCGAGGUUCUCAGAAGAGAAGUGGAGAAAGAGGCCUGUCCACAGCCAAGCUCCGCGAACCUGACCUGGUCACUGUUUUUCCACCUGUGAGAUCUCCGAGGCACGGGGAGUUCAAUGGGGCCUUUGCAGUGCUCCAGACUGCUGCCCCUCAAUGAAGCUCUGAGUCCUGGCCUGAAGGGCUAAGGUACUGGCUACAAUGUGGAACCCCAGGACAGCCAACCUGACUAACCUUUGCUCUAAGAAGAAGUCCCAAAUGAAACUGGGCUGAAAUCAGAGCAAGGACUAGAGAAAGAUUUUUUUUGUUAAUGGAAAGAGGAAAGGAGAAAAGGGUUUCCAAAAACUUGCAACAAACUUUCCAUCGCUCUAAAGAACCUACCUUCCUUAUCAACCAAGCUGUUCUAUCUAGUGAUUCCUCUUCUAGCCUUUUGCCAGAAACAGAGCAAGUCAAUCCUGGUGAAAAAAUAAAGACAAACCCUCAGAAAACUAGGCCUGGAACUGUGAUCCUCUCAAAGCGGCCUGGUAAGAGAGUUAUGUCAGAAAGCCAGCCUACCCCACCUGUGAUCCCGUCCCGCAGGCCCGGAUUCCGGAUAUGCUAUAUCUGUGGCCGAGAAUUUGGGUCCCAAUCACUCGCCAUUCAUGAGCCCCAGUGCUUGGAGAAGUGGCGAAUUGAAAACAGCAAGUUGCCCAAGCACCAGCGGAGGCCAGAACCCUCCAAGCCACAGCCCCUGGGCGGCGGCAAUGGGUCCUACACUCUUCAGGCACUGAACGAGGCAGCGUUCCAGAGUUCUCAGGCCCAGCUGCUGCCCUGCGAAUCCUGUGGCCGCACAUUCUUGCCAGACCGUCUUCUUGUUCACCAGAGAAGCUGCAAGCCCAAGGGUGGUGGGCCCGGACAACCAAACAACAACAAUUCUAAUGACCUUACUGGUCUUAGGAAAGCUUCUGGUGGCGUCCCAGCUCGACCAAGGACUCUCCUCUGCUACAUUUGUGGCAGGGAAUUUGGCUCCCUCUCCCUUCCUAUUCAUGAGCCCAAAUGCCUGGAAAAGUGGAAAAUAGAAAAUGACCGGCUCCCCAGGGAGCUCCGCCGGCCACCCCCACAGAAGAAGCCUCAGCCCCUUGUACCUGGCGAGGGGCCAAGUCAAGCUCAGCUUGAGCCCUGCCCAAACUGUGGCCGGACCUUUGCUCCCCAGCGCCUUCUGGUGCAUCUGAGAAGUUGUGAGGCUCAACCAAGUGGGCCACGCGUUCAGAAUUUGACUUUAGAGAGUAAAGGUGGCCUGAAAGAGCCCACUAAUUUCAAGCAGCGAAGCCACGUGGCAGCACCCACUGUGACUGAUAAGCCAGCAAUGAUUAGGCGUCCACCAACAAUCAUUUGCUACAUUUGUGGUCGUGAAUAUGGAACAAAAUCGAUUGCCAUCCAUGAGCCACAAUGUCUGAAAAAAUGGCAUAAUGAAAACAACUUGCUGCCUAAAGAGUUAAGGAGACCAGAACCUAAGAAACCUGAAAUCAGGGCCAUUAGUGCCAAAGGUUUCUAUGAUCUCGAUUCCUUAAAUGAAGCUGCUUGGAGAAGUGCCCAGAGCCAGUUGGUUCCCUGCAAUAUUUGUGGGCGUACCUUCCUGCCAGACAGACUGAUUGUUCACCAACGAUCCUGUAAACCAAAAGUCACCAAUGAGAAAUGCAACAGGGAAAUUUCGGAACCAGUGCCAGCCUCAGAUGUCAGGAGAUUGCUCAAGUGCGAUUCAUCAAAUGGUGGAGGCCCCUUCCUUCUAUAGGAGAAGUCCAGCGAGAGUUCUCAUGCCCUCGUAGGGGCUUAGAGGUGUUUUAUUGUUGAGGCCUAAACGCCUGCCAGGAAGUGCUGUGCCUCCCCACCCAAGUCCACGCACAG